AUGGGUGACUGGAACCUGCUGGGCAGCAUCCUAGAAGAGGUUCACAUUCAUUCCACCAUCGUGGGCAAGAUCUGGCUUACCAUACUCUUCAUCUUCCGCAUGCUGAUCCUGGGAGCGGCCGCCGAGGACGUGUGGGACGACGAGCAGUCCGAGUUUGUUUGCAACACAGACCAGCCGGGCUGUAAGGCAGUGUGCUACGACCGUGCCUUCCCCAUCUCCCUCAUUCGCUUCUGGGUCCUGCAGGUCAUCUUCGUGUCUGCGCCCUCACUGGUCUACAUGGGCCAUGCCCUCUACUGCAUCCGAGCGCUGGAGAAGGAGCGCCACCGCAGACGGGCGCAGUUGAAGGAGGAGCUGGACGAGGCUGAGUUGGCGUUGGAUGAACACAAGCGCAUGGAGAGGGAGCUGAGGAGGCUAGAUGAGCAGAGGAGGGUGAAAAAGGCUCCUCUCAGAGGCUCUCUGUUGAGAACCUACAUCAUCCAUAUCCUAACACGCUCUCUGGUGGAGGUCUGCUUCAUCCUGGGCCAGUAUAUACUCUAUGGUAUCCAACUGGAGCCACUCUAUAAGUGUGAGAGGUUGCCUUGCCCCAACAGUGUAGACUGUUACAUCUCCAGACCCACGGAAAAGACCAUUUUCAUGGUCUUCAUGAUUGCCAUUGCUGGUGUGUCCCUUUUCCUCAACAUCCUGGAAAUAUCUCACCUGGGCAUGAGGAAAAUCAAACAGACGCUGUACGGAGAGAGGUUCACGGAAGACGACAGUUUGAUUUACAAGUCCAAGAAGAAGGCGUCUUUACCAGCCCUUUGUGUAAUGAGCAAUUUAUCACCUCACAAUGGGCCUUUGACUCAGACCUUCAAAGUGAUUCCAGAGGCGGACAUGAAGCCUCCUCAUUACAGCAGCGGGCUCAAAGCCAACCAGGAUGCACCCAGACACAACAGCUUGGCUCAUCUGGGACACAAUCAGACCAGCUAUAUCUGCCUGCAACCUAGGAUGCUACCCAGGCCUGGCCAGAACUGUGCAAUGCAAGCCCCCCAAACCCAUGAAGGUCCAGAGGCCCACAUGGCCGUGGUGGACCACCAUCCACCCUGGGAUACAGCUGUGUCCAAUGCGGAGGGAAGUGCAACAAGCCAACCAGAGGAAACCAAUGAGGGAGAACACCCUCACCCCAGCCACCUGGAGGCUCUCCUGUCCAGCAGCACCUUCAGGCCCAGCACUAUCAGAGACCUUGAUGAAGAUGAGCGAAGGGAGUCAAUGGCGAGCGAGGUCCUGAUCCCCAACCCCAGAAAGACCAGCUUCAUGAUGAGGCCACCCUCUGAGAGCUUGUCCUCCAUCAGCGGCUCCACGAGCCCUUCGUUACAUACCUCAGAGGAGUCUGACGAAUUAGGCUCCCUGCAGGGAGACAUGCCCAUGAUGCCGCCUGCCGGAGGCCGGAGGAUGUCAAUGAGCAUGUUUCUGGAUAUCUCCUCUAUCAUGAAGAAGUGA